AUGAGACUAAGAGAAAGAUCGCAGAAAAAUGGAGAUACAGGCAACCUGGCAGUGAUGGUAGUGUUGAUGAGUACCAGGUUCACCAUGACGGUGUCUAAGUUCCUCAUGUGUAACCUGGCUGUGGCGGACCUGUGCAUGGGGCUCUACCUCCUCAUCAUUGCUGCUAUGGACCUUCACACCAUUGGUGUCUACUUCAACUAUGCUAUCACCUGGCAGAACGGUCCCGGCUGCAAAGUAGCGGGGUUCUUAACUGUGUUCGCCUCUGAGCUGUCGAUCCUGACGCUGACAGUGAUCACGCUGGAGCGCUGGUACGCCAUCACCUACGCCAUCCACCUUAACAAAAGGCUACGCUUGCCAGUUGCCCUGAAAGUGAUGGUCCUCGCCUGGCUCUACGCGCUCACUAUGGCAACCCUCCCUCUUCUGGGCGUCUCUGGCUACUCCAAGACUAGCAUUUGCCUGCCUAUGGAGGCGAUGGAUGGAGGCGACCAGGCCUACUUACUGAUCCUGCUCAUAACGAACGGCCUUGCCUUCAUCCUCAUCUGCGUCUGCUAUGCCAAGAUGUAUUGUUCCAUCGCUGGCAACAACCUGGCAGCCAACACCUCGGACACCACAGUGGCCAAGCGCAUGGCCCUCUUGGUCUUCACAGACUUUGCCUGCUGGGCCCCAAUAGCCUUCUUCGGGCUGACGGCGGUGUCGGGUUACCCACUUAUUAGUGUAACUCACGCAAAGUUCUUGCUGGUUUUCUUUUAUCCUCUCAAUUCCUGUGCGAACCCCUAUCUGUACGCUAUUCUCACUAAGCAGUACCGCCGAGACCUCUUCAUCCUGCUGGCUCGUCAUGGCUUCUGCACAAAGCGAGCUAUGAAGUACAAGGGCGGCUACUCCACUAACACCUUGCUCAACCUCCACAACGUGUGUGUGAGUGGUGGGACGGGAGGGGGCAGCGGAGGCCCAAGUCGACGCAUCUCCACACUCACUCAGAUCACAACCUGUGGCGAUUGGCGGAGCCGCGUGAGGGAUGGUUCAGAGGAGAGUCUGGGCCGCCAGUGCUCGCCCAGCCGACCUAGGAGCAUCUCAGCGGAAUUAACAGUCUCAGCUCCUAUGACGAUUGGCUUAACUGACCGUCGACUCUCCGACGUUGGUCGACGUCUGCAGCCCGUAGCAGAGGCCAGGGAUGGGCGAGCGCCCAAUAAACUCUGCAGCCUGGCACCUAACUCCGGCUCGCCUCAUCCAAUUAAAAACUGCUACGCCCGUAUGAGCUUCACGCCUGAGCAAGAGGCUCUGCUUCUGAGCUACGCAUCAGACAAACAAACUAAUAACUCCUGGCAGAACACCGGUCGUGCUGACGGAGGCGAGGCCCUCCCCAUGUCCAGCUACACGCCCACCACUCCUGACACCAUCUCCACGCCCAUAUCACCUCAGCUUGACCACUCCGUAUAAAGGUCACUCUUGCUCUGAACUGGUGACCAUUUGAAGCGUCUGGUGAUAUGCCUUCCACCGCUCCUAUUGACAGUUGCAGCCCUUCCACCGCUCCUAUUGACAGUUGCAGCUGAUUGAUUGAUGAAGAUUAAGCCACCCAAGAGGUGGCACGGGCAUGAAU